AUGUUCUUACUGUACAACGUAGUUCUGUCUUUCUCGCUCUGGAUCAUUUCUCACGUCAUCUUCUCUGUCAUCUUCUCUGUCAUCUGUAAUCAUCUUAAAUUACCUAUAACUCACUCAUCUGAUGUAGUUGUAUCAUCGACCUUCUUGGACAAAAUUCGAAUCUUUGAUACAACUCGUGGAUCGAGCAAAGGCUGGAUUGGCCCUGUAAGCAUUGAAAUAACCAUGGCUUCACUUCCAAAGAGAAUCAUCAAAGAGACGGAACGGUUGGUUAGCGACCCAGUACCGGGAAUUACAGCAACACCGCAUGACGAUAACCUUCGGUAUUUCGAAGUUACGAUAGAGGGUCCGGAACAGUCACCGUACGAAAACGGAGUGUUUGCAUUAGAACUAUUUCUUCCAGACGAUUAUCCGAUGGAGGCCCCCAAAGUGCGGUUUUUGACCAAGAUCUACCAUCCGAACAUAGACCGGCUGGGCCGGAUCUGUUUGGAUGUGUUGAAGACCAACUGGUCGCCCGCGCUGCAAAUUCGUACCGUUCUGCUGUCCGUACAGGCGCUACUUGCUAGUCCUAAUCCCAACGAUCCGUUGGCGAACGAUGUGGCCGAAGACUGGCUUCAACAUGAGGACGCAGCUAUUGCCAAGGCCCGUGAAUGGACCAAACUGUAUGCGCCGCGUAGUUGA